UGACGCGUAACAUCGUGCGGACUCUACCAACACUGAUCUCGUGCGGUAGUGGGGGUGGGCGAUAUUUAAUAACAACUCAAACUCCUUUAACCCGGAUUUUUACAAAAUUGCAUCAAGUAAUUCCGCAUAUUGCUAAAUAAAAUAUUACCUAUAUAAAUUACUUCAGACGUGGGAUUAUAAAACUGCGCUGUUGGUAAUAGGAAUAGCGAGUGUGAGUCCCCGCCGGGAUUGGUUUGGUCUCAUUGUGGUGUAAAGCCGCCGCCAUUUCGAGCAGAGGAGACCAGCGGACGAACUCGCGGCCCUCAGAGGCAAGAGGCUCUGGAAGAAGAGACACGGGGAGCUACGAGACGACGGGGGAGACACCGAGACAAUGGCAGACACGGUAACGAUGGCAGACACGAUGCCGUGCCCGAAGCAACAGCGGCGGCGGCACCAUCGCUCAUCCGAACGAGACAGCUGCCGCUUUGAGGUUUCCAGCCCCUCUCGGAGAAACCGGCGCCGGCUCGAUGUGGAUGAGCGAUUGGUGCGUGCUCGCCACCGGGACAGCUACCAGACCCGCUCACGCCUCUCAUACAGCUCGGAGCGGUUGUGUCGCGCGUACGACGCGCCGGAACCCAGGAGGCGGAGGGAGGAGCGAGCCGCCGCUGCCGGCGCUUUCUGCUGCGAGCGGAGCAAGCGACCCUGCUGCAGCCGAUGCUCGCGUUCACGCUGGCACUCACGCUCACGCCGGCGUACCCGCUCGCGCCGGCGCUCACGUCGCUGCCACGCGAGGGAGGGCAGCUGCUCGCCCGGCAGCUACGAACGGCGUCAAAAGAAGCGGAGGCGGCGGCAGCAGCGGUCGCGGAACCGGAGUGCAUCGAGGAGCAAGGAGAGGCAUCAGCGGCGGGCCAAGAUUGUUCAAGAUGACUCAGACGGCCACCUAAUCUAUCGGAUCGGCGACUGGCUGCAAGCGAGAUAUGAAGUUAUUUCCACCUUAGGGGAAGGGACCUUUGGUAAAGUUGUUCGGUGUGCCGACCACCUCGGGGGCAAAUCUGAGGUGGCUGUAAAAAUUAUAAAAAAUGUGGACAAAUACAGAGAAGCCGCAAAGUUAGAAAUAAACGUGCUAGAAAAAAUCAACGAGAAACAUUGCGAUGGCAAACAGCUGUGUGUGCAGAUGUACGACUGGUUCGACUACCAUGGCCACAUUUGCAUCGUCUUCCAGCUGCUCGGCCUUAGCACCUUCGAUUUCCUCCGGGACAACCUCUACCUGCCCUUCCCUCUCCAUCAAGUGCGGCACAUGGCCCACCAGCUGUGCCGCGCCGUCAAAUUUUUGCACGACAACAAGCUGACGCACACCGAUCUGAAGCCUGAGAACAUCUUGUUUGUGAAUUCCGACUUUCACGUGAAGUACAACUCCUACAAGAGAAGGGACGAACGCACAGUGAAGGACCCGACCCUACAGGUCGUGGAUUUCGGCAGCGCGACCUUCGACCAUGAGUACCACAGCACGACGGUGUCGACGCGCCACUACCGCUCGCCCGAGGUCAUCCUGGAGCUUGGCUGGUCGCACCCUUGCGACGUGUGGAGCCUCGGGUGCAUCUUCUUCGAGUACUACACGGGCUACACACUGUUCCAGACCCACGACAAUAUGGAGCACUUGGCAAUGAUGGAGAGGAUUCUGGGACGGAUUCCCUCUGACAUGAUCAGAGCGACAAGGAAGCAGAAGUAUUUCCGUCACCGGCGGCUGGACUGGGACGAGGAUGGCAUGGCCGGCAGGUUCCUGCGUCAAAACUGCAAGCCCCUGAAGCGCUGCAUGCUGGCCUCCAGCCAGGAGCAUUUGCAGCUGCUGGACCUGCUGCAGCGCAUGCUGGAGUACGAGCCGUCCCGACGCAUCACGCUCGCACAGGCGCUGCGCCACCCUUUCUUCAGCGGCAUGGAUCCCUACUUCCCUCCCUCCGCGUGCGAUCUGAGCGCUGGAGUCGGCGCUCGCGACCUCAGCCGGUGACUGAGCCGUGCUCGUUAGCGUCGCCCAACAAUGCCGCGCGCCGGCGCCUCCCGUGCCUGUCCUUCAGCCGGCGGUGCGCUCGCGCAUUUGUCUUUGCCACUGGCGCGAUACGGCCGACGCCCGUUGUGGCAGCUUUGCCUGCCCCGAAGCUCACUUGGCUCUCCCUGAAGCUUGCUUGACUUUCUGCAGGAACUGGGGGGGCCACUUGCGAGAAAUGCCGCAGCUGCUACUGCUGUGGCCAGUAGGGGGCCGUUGUUGCAGAACUAAGACUCGCGAGGAGUGGUGAAGCCGUGAUGAGGAAGACGUGUGCCAAAGCAAUGGAGGCUGGAGUGCUGGCCGGGAAUUCUGAAGACUGCCGUUAAAACAAUUGCUCAGCACCAAGUCACGUCGUUUGUAUUGCGGAGUUGAUUGGGGCUUUGUUUUGGCGGUUCUGGUUCGUACAAAAAAAGGUCUCCCCAAAAAAUAAUUUUGGAUAAAUCAGAAGUGUUUUUAACGAUCCGAAGGGGGCUUGGUCCACAUAGCGUGAGGGGAGGCUCAUAUUUUCUCGAUGUAAAACUCUCAUCUCAAGUUGAGGUCGUAUCACUCGUGGAAAGUUUGAAUGUUUUGUUGAUGAAAACAAGUGGAAGGUAAUGUACAUAAGUAUGCCUUGGAGGUUGGUGUGUUUUUUUAAGUGUGUGGUGUCGGUGCCUGGUGGCAUGCAUGCGUGUGUGCGUUGUGAAUAAGAGCUGAGAAUCUGCAUCACCUCCUCGGUAGAGGCCCUGUGAUGCAUGCAGUUCAGUGGCUGAGAGGCUUCUCAUUGCGCUGGCAUGGAAGUUAAAUGGGUAUCAAGUGUUACGCGCAGAGCCACGGCCACUGCCUCGCACGGGAAUCCCCUUAUCCCUCCAACCUACCUCCACCAUUUAAUUGGCAAGAGAGCGUGGGGAAGUUCCCAUACCUAGGCAGUGUUGUUAUGACGAGCCCUGGUUUGGCAGUGGAGGUUCGUGUUGCAUCUUUCAUUAGCUGUGUAACACUUUGGGCCUGGUUAAUUGCUAAAUUCCAAGCUGCAGGUUUUCUUUGCCAGUUUUUCCCGCUCUUUAUGUGGAGGAGGCUUGUGAAGAACACUACAGCAGUAGUACUACAACAGUUCGAGGCAAUCGCCCUCCGAUAACGGGCUGAGGAGCGACGCUCGUUAAAACGAGUGGUGUGUUUGGUGGACAAAACGUAAAUUGGCACAGUGGGGAGCACAGGUGGUGCAUCUGCCAGUCAUCUCGGUCAACCUAUAAACACCUGGGUCUAUCCUCACUUGGCAGUAGCAAGAGCCUUGCACACUCCACAUGGCCUCAAAGUCCACUUAGCCUGGCAUGGGUGCCGUGGUGAUGUUACAACCAUCUAUUGGUGAAUGGCUGCUGCCACAAUCGCUUAACGUAGUGAAGUUCUCUGAAAUGCCCCCGGCUUGAAGGGUGGGGGUGAUUAUGAGUUGAGUAGUCACUAUGAAUCUACGUGGAGUGGCUAUGCCGUUUCAUGCCUGUGUGCAUUCGUGCAGGUGCGUGAGGCUUAUGUAUGGUUGGUUGUGGCUGUGCGAGAGACGGCCAUUAUAUUGCCUCUCGCCACAGCCAAACCUGAGAAUCGGAUACACCGGAUGUUUGGCAAGUGUCGGAUAUCAAUAUAUUUGUAUACAGUUUUUAGGAAACGGUGUAAAUAAGUUUUGGAAAUAAAGGCGGCUCUGUUUA